AUGGUAAUUAACGCUUCGUUUUUCGUCCAUCGCAUUAAUGAUAUCAAUGAAAAGGAGGAAAGUGUUUCUCUGCUCGGUUACUUCAGGAUUUCUUGGAAUGAUGAAUUUCUAGUCUGGAACAAACAAGCGCAUUCCAAUAUAAGUAGCAUAGAGUUCAAAACAAAUGACAUAUGGUGGCCCACUAUAGCUUUAGGUAAUCCUGUUGGGGAAUUUGAGACUCUUCAGAAUUCUUUAAAGAUUUUUCGCGUCUCAUCAGUCGGUGAUAUAGAAUGGAUUCCUGGCGGUUUAUAUUCGGUUGUCUGUGAAUUAAAUCUUAAGAAGUACCCUUUCGAUACACAAACGUGUGAUUUUAUUUUCUCUGUUCUCGGAUACCCUCCUGACGACGUAAUAAUGAAUGCAGAAUCUAGCGUUCUAAAUGUACCUGAAACAACAGAGUGGAAAGUUGAGGCCGGCAGAGUUUCCAGUAUGCCUUACGGAAAGACCGGUCUGACUGCUAGCUUCACAUUACAAAGAAAACCGUAUUUUGUGGUACUGACGGUGUUGUUGCCACUCUCUUUGCUGUCUGUGAUGAAUUUGUUUUUCUUUCUAAUUCCUGUGGAGUCUGGCGAGAAAAUAUCAUUUGCAAUCACCACAUUUCUGGCCUACUCGAUUUAUCUGUCGGCCAUUGGAUCCUCUCUCCCUGCCAAAGACAAUGUAUACAUGGUGGUAUACAUAGAAAUACUGAUGGUCCUUAGUGUUAUUAUGAUGGUAUUGGUCAUUGUUCAAACCAGACUUUUCUUUUAUUAUCGUGAACAUCUUCUGCCUUGUUUUGUUGGAAACACAGUGUCGGGCAAAAAUAGAAGAAGAGUAAAUUCAGGUGACGCUAACCGUUCCCUGUAG